AUGAUCCUCUUUCUCCUGCUGGCUUGUUUUUCUUCGCUGCUGUUUUAUAACUAUUACUGGAAACGGCGGUCCUAUCCACCGGGACCAGCGCCUCUUCCGUUGAUCGGAAAUUUGAUUGAACUCAAAAGCCUGAACUAUUAUGAUGCGUUGCUGAAAUGGAAAAGAGAAUUCGGACCGAUGUUCACGUUUUGGAUGGGAGAAGUGCCCGUGGUGUGCUUUGCCGACUACGAUACGAUUCAAGAGACGUUGGUCAAGGAGGCGGAUACGUUUGGAGGGAGAUUUACCUUCGGAAGGUUGAGCAUUGUGGUUAGAGAGGAAGGUAGGACAUUUGCUGUAAAAUCAAAACGAAUACGUUAAAGUAUUCGUUUUCUAGUAUCGCCGGCCCGUUUAAAUUUUUUUUUGAUCCGGUGCAAGAGCCAGGGCAACUAUGAGGGACAGUGUUUCCAAAAAAACUGCCUUUUAUCGCGUUAAAUGCGGGGAGAUCUGGCAAAAAAGUGGGUCUUGCUCGGCUCGCCCCCCGCUUGUUGAACAUGCAAAAUGCGAGCUAAACGUUCAUUGGUCUAUAAAUGAUCUGUGGCCGACUAGUAAAAAAAUGAAAGGUUGAAAGAGACCCGGUUGUUUCACUUCAUACAACUGCCUUGUCAAUCCAAACUUUUUAGCUCGGAAUGUUGGCAUUGUUGAUGCUGACAGUCGAGAUGUUUACCUCGACCAGCGAAAAUUUAUCCUCCGAACCUUUCGCGAGUUCGGAGUGGGCAAGAACAUCAUGCAAGAGAAGAUUCUCAACGAAUACCGCCAUCUUCAAAAAGACAUUGAAGAAGAGCAGCAUAAAGACGGCUCUGUUGACGUUAUGGACCGUUACGAUUAUAUGGUUGGCUCCAUUAUUUGCGGAAUCCUGUUUGGCCGCCGUUACGGCGAAGAUCCCGACGACCUGGAGUACAAAGACAUUUUGGGGAGACAUCUGCAGCUGUUUUUACAUCCGCUGGCGUUCAUCUUUGCCUAUUGUCCCAGCGAUACGAUUGCCAACAUGUAUCCAAUGUCGUGGGCUAGAGAUGAGGCGGCGAGGAAUGGAAAAUUCAUGAUGGGGUUUGCGAGAAAAGAGAUCAGACAGCACGAAGAGAAGUUUAAGCGGGGAAUCAUCCCGAGUCCUCCGACUGACUUGAUCGACGCAUUCUUAUGCGAGGUCUACAAAGAAAAUGCCGGAGAGAAUUUUCAGUAAGUCCUUUUUUUUCAGUAAGCAAUUUUCGAUACGAUAUUGUGCUUAUUAUUUCCCCGACGAAGAUUUUUUAGCACUCAACAACUGGAAAACCUCAUUUUCGAUGUGUUCAUCGCCGGUUUGGAGACAACUUCCAAUACCCUUGGCUUCAUUACGAUCGAAAUUAUGAGGAACCCGACCAUCCAAGAGAAAAUCCACGCCGAGUUGGACAGGGUGAUUGGGUCUGAUCGGAUUAUCGACCUGUCGGACAAGAAUGACCUCACCUACAUCAACGCCGUUCUAGCUGAAGGCCUUCGCUAUGCCAAUGUGCUGGCGUUGAAUUUGACGCACAAAAACACAAGGGAGGUGACAGUCCGAGGGCAUACGAUCCCGCAGGGCACUUGCAUUCAGCCGUUGAUCUGUGCGGUGCUUUAUGAUGAGAAGGUGAAAUUUUGGUUGGAGAUUUUCCCGUAUUGCCCUUUAUUAGUGAUGCUUGAUACAUUUCGCCGUCUUUUCAGCUCUUCCCCGACCCCAAGACCUUCAAGCCGGAGCGUUUCAUCGCCGAGGACGGUUCAUUGAUCAAUAAUCCGCAUUUGAUCGCCUUCUCGGCCGGUCGUCGGCAGUGCUUGGGAGAGGGCUUGGCCAAGACCGAGCUCUUCCUCGUUUUUGCCAAUCUUUUCAAUCAAUUCAAGGUUUGUUGAACGUCAAAUCCGAGAUUUAUUAUGCUUCGCUUUUACAGUACCACCUGGCAAUCGUUCAUUAUUUAAUUUGCUUUUCAGAUUUCAUGUGUGGAUCCGAAAAAUCCCCCGUCAAACCGGAAGAAUGUCGGAGUUACGACGUCACCAAGUCAUUUCAAGGCCGUCUUUGAACGCCGAUUUUAA